GCGAUGCGCGUGAGCAAUACAACAAGCGAAAGUGACCGAAAAUGAAGGAACUGUUGGCUGUGAUACCUCUCCUGCUGAGUGGAGUGUGGGCGGAGGCGCCUGCUCCCUACCCUCCCAGCGGGUUCAGACCUGCUGGUCCGGCUUUUGAGCUCCCUCAAAAGAACAUCCAGAAACAACAGCAAGAGUACCUACCACCAGUGGAACCCCGAAGGCCCCAACCUCCCAGCACAUCCUACGGCAUCCCCGAAGAAGAUGUCUCAGUCCAGGGCCUGCCAAACUUGGAACAGCAGCCAAUUUUCCAGGUAUCCCCGAUCAAUGGCCAGGAAUACGUUGGACAGAACUUCAACACCGAUAUUAGGAACUUAGACGACAGUUACAAGCAAGCGCAGUACCAAUACCAGCAAGAACAAUACCGCGAAUACGAAAGACAGAGACAGCUAGAAGCAGCUCAAGCAAGGAAUCGGGCUAAUCAGUUCACUACUCCUCAAGUCCCCAGACAAUUCGCUACAGAAAGUUCUACCAGCACCACUGAACCGACCUCUACUGAAUCUACCACUGAACUUGAUCUCAAUGAGGGUGAAACUCUAGACAACAAGAAAUCAGAUGACAAAAAAGAAAAGGUCUCAGUUGAAGUAACAAAGCAGAAGAUCCAAGAAUACCCAGGAGAACUGUUCCUUAGUUCGUUAGCUCAGCUGCAACUUCAGCCCCAGUUUGUUCCUUUCCAACAAUUCAGUCAGAUCAGAGCACCUUUAUACUACCAGCCAAUUCAGCAGGAGCCUUCCCAAAAGCAAGUGGCUGGGUAUGACGCGCAAACCCAUUUUGCUGCUCUCCCGUCAGUUUUAGCUCAACAACAAUAUUUGCAGAGAAUCCAAAGCCAAGGCUUCGCUCCACAGAACCCUGCACUAUUAGUCGCAAGCCAACAGGAGCCAGCUAACGCUGGCUUCAUUCCCCAAAACCCUCAACCGUUCAUCAAUAACCAAUACCAGCCAAUCGUCGCUCAGAAUCCCCAAAGCUUCUCUCAAGGUCAACCUGUUGUGGUGCAGCCACAGAAUAUAAACCAGGAUCAGUAUAAUCAGCCCAAACAAGAAGCUGAAGAAGAUGAUGAGCAGAAUACCCAGCAGCAACCUCAGUUCGUCUACCAACAAAGUUAUCAACCGCAAGAAGUGGUCUACCAACCCCCUCAAGUACAGCCCCAGGAACAGCAGAAUGCAUUCUUACCCCAGGCUCAACUAGUAAAUUAUCCAAACCCUCUCGUUCAGUAUCAAAGUCCUCAGCAAAUUAGCCAGCCCCAAACCAGUUAUGCCCAACCACAGUUUGUUAAUCCCCAGCAAUACCAAAACGGCUACGUCCAACAGCAGUUUGUGGACCAAAACCAAUUCCAGAAUGGUCAGCAGCAAGUGCAGAUUCCUCAGCAAGCUUACCAAAACCCACAGCAAUUCCAGAACGAUCAGCAACAAGCGCAAAUACCUCAGCAAGUGUACCUAGAUCCGCAGCAAUACCAAAACACUCAACAAGGUCAAAUUCCCCAGCAAAUGUAUUUGGCUCCACAACAAUUCCAAAAUCCUCAACAGCAGAUACCUCAGCAAGUGUACCAGGGUCAGCAAUUCAUGAUUGGUCAGCAGCAGCAAAUACCUCAGUUCCAAGGACAGGAUUCCCUGCAAAGUGGUCUUGACAUCAACCAGCAAGGCAAUGAUGUAAACCAGAAUGACAAAGAGGACUCUGAUGAUGAAAACAACGAGGAUGAUGGUGCCACAUCAGUAGCAGUGGCUACGGCAUUUGGUGCAAGGACCCAGCCUCGCAUGUUCACGAGGUACGGAGCACCAGUGCCAGUGCCGAGUCAGUCUGCCGACCCUCAAACCCCCACCGACGCAGAGGAGCAAUCCGAAGAUAAUGGUUCCGUCGCAGUGGCUAACGCGUUUGCGUCUAGCAGAAGAAAAAGUGCUAAAUUGAGGAGCCGUAGAGUUCGCCCUCUCUUCACAUUGGACCGCUCUGGACACCUUGUACUAGCUCAAGAACAAAACUAAACUACACCUCGUUCUAGCCCAAGAACAAAACUUGAAGUCAUAAAUAAUACUUAAAUGAACUGAGUCUGAUACUCUCUCUGCUAUUAUUAUUAAAAUAACGUAUUUAUUUAUCUUAUCAAUGAGUGUUUUAAACUUCAGUUGCCUUAUUUAACUUUUUUGUUUCGUUUCGGAUUUUCUUUACUUGCUUGCUUUUAAUAUUUAUUAAUUUAUUGUUAAAGUCUGAAAUAUUAUCUCAAAACGAUGAAAAUAAAUAUUAUUUAAGAAAAA